CAGAAAACACGCUGUUAGUUCACCUCACUCAGAGGAGAUGGACAGAGAAAACCACAGACCAAGACCAGCAGGGCUUCCACUGAGACAGGACAGCUGGUUAUCUGGGGAUACUGGGAAUGCUUCCUCUUUAACCAGAAUGGCGUCCAAGUUAGAGGAGGAUCUGAGCUGUCCGGUCUGCCAGGACAUCUUUAAAGACCCCGUCAUCCUGUCCUGCAGCCACAGCUUCUGUAGAGCAUGUGUGGAGAACUUUUGGAAGGAGAAGGAGAACAAGGACUUUCCUGUUUGUAAGAGGAGAUUGUCAAAGGAUGUAAUGCCAAACUUUGCUUUAAAGAGUCUGAGUGAGACUUUCCUGCAGGAGAGAGAUCAGAGAUCUUCAGAGGAUCUCUGCGGUCUCCAUCAUGAGAAGCUCACACUCUUCUGUCUGGACCAUCAGGAGCCGGUGUGUCACAUCUGCAGAGAUUCAGAAAAUCACACUGAGCACCGAUUCAGAGCCAUGGAUGAAGCUGCAGAAGAACACAAGAAGAACCUUGAGGAAACUCUGCAGCCCUUACAGGAGAAGUUAGAGGCUCUCAAAGAAGUCAAAGUGAAGUUUGAUCAAACAGAAGCUCACAUGGAGGUCCAGGCCAAAGACACGGAGAGGCAGAUUAAGGAGCAGUUCAAGCAGCUUCAUCAGUUUCUAGCAGAGGAAGAGGAGGCCAGGCUGCGUGCACUGAGGGAGGAAGAGGAGCAGAAGAGGCAGAGGAUGAGGGAGCAGACGGAGGCUCUGAGUGCACAGAUAGCAGCUGUUUCAGACACAGUCAGAGUCACAGAGGAUGAGCUGACAGCCCAGGACGUCCCGUUCCUGAAAAACUACAAGGCUGCAGUGGAAAGAGUCCAGCAGUGCACCCUGCUGGAGGAGCCACAGCUGCCCUCAGGAGCUCUGAUAGACCAGGCCAAACACCUGGGCAACCUGGGCUUCAACAUCUGGAUCAAGAUGAAGGACAUGGUCUACCUCACACCCGUCUUUCUAGACCCAAAUACGGCUCAUCCAGACCUCAUCCUAUCUGAAGAUCUGACUGGAAUGAGACAAGGAGAGGAGCAGCAGCUUCCUGAUAAUCCAGAGAGGUUUAAUGAAUACUGCGCUGUCCUGGGCUCUGAGGGAUUUAGCUCAGGGACUCACAGCUGGGACGUCCGGGUUGGAGACAGUCCAUACUGGUCAUUGGGAGUGUUAGCAGAGUCUGCCCAGAGGAAGGGAGAUAUAAAGUCUGAAUUAUGGAGGGUGUAUCAUCAUUAUGGUAAAUACAGAGCAUCCCCACCAUCACCUCCACCCACUGAUCUGUCAAUGGAGAUGAGACCAAAGAGGAUCAGAGUGAAUCUGGACUUUAACAGAGGAGAGCUGUCAUUCCGUGAUCUUGAUUCUAACGCUCUCAUUCACACCUUCACUCACUCACACCUUUACUGGCAGGAUGUUUCCAUACUUUGUUACUGAGUUUGACCCCCCACUGACAGUUUUACCAAAGAAGAUCUCUGCUACCCUGCGACAAAACUAAAACCUCAUUUAGCUUUAAAGAAAAAGUUUUUUAUUAAUAUACUUUGGUUUAGAAACCUCAGUAAAGAUCUUUGCACACAGGGUGCACUAUGUUUCAGAUGUUUGUUUGUUUGUUUGUUUUUUCCAAGAAACAUCACUCACUCAAACCUUGCACGUUGAGUCUGUUGAAAUGUAAUUGUAGAGAAUCUUUGCAGAUGACUUCACACAGCAGUGGAGAACUCCCCUUGGGGGGGGGCAAGAAGGGAUUUCUGCAGAAUAAUCCGCAGAUGGGUCAUGUUUGAGCUGUUUAUGACUAUGCCAAGCUUUCACAGUGCUAAAAUAUAAACAUUCUUAAUUCCUAAGCUACUUUUGUGUCCCAAUAGUUGUGAAAUAUUCAGGCAAAAAACUUCAAAAAGAUUGAAAAAGUUGUGAAAUGGCAAAAGCCAGGAAUUGAAAAAGAAAAAAAUUAAAUAAUUAUUUACAAUGUAUGUAGACAUUUUCUGAUAACAACCUGUGGCAGGCUGGUUCCUACUAGGACAAAAAUAAGCAAUGAAGAUGAGCCUCACAGUGGGUUCAUCCACCAGCUCUCAUGGCACUGUGACCAGUGGGAGACAUGAAGACCAGUUUUUAAAUUCAGUCUCUGAUACGUGGCUGUGAGUACAAACUUCUGCCUUUAUCUGAUAUAAACCAUGGUUGAGAUCCACACUCAGGCAAAUAAUGACGAGGGAGAAGGAAGCUGCUGGCGCUGCUCUGAUAAGACCUAAAUGACUUGGCAGACGUGAAAAACUAACGUUUCAGCGUCAGUGUGCAAACAUCAUGAAAACAACAUGAGAUGGAUUUUCUUUCUUAAUGUGCAAAAAAUGUAGAUGAAAAAAAAAACACACUCAGUGUGCAAAGGCCUUAACUCUGACUGCAGCGUGCUAACUCUUCUCUCUCUGCAUCAGUGACUGGUUUUAAAGUUCUUUAAAUGAUUUGUGUUGUUUUUGCUGUUCAUUUAUUAAGCCACUCUAGAACAUUAUUUAGUGUUGUUUAUUAUUUGAUGUGUGUUUUGAAUAGAUUCAUAUACUGUUAGUUUAUUAGUAGGCAUACUCACCUGGUGUCUGGUUCUUCACCUGCAUGAACUGUUGUUUAUUUUCACUGCUGGACAAAAGAUGGCAGAGCUGAGAUGGUUAAAGGCAGUGAGGUUCAGUGAACAGGUGAACGGGAACACGGUUGGUUUAAUGAACAGAAGCAGCAACAAGCUGCAGGAGCGGGUUACAGAGGAGACGCCAUUGCUCUGUUUUGUUUGUUUCAAAUAUUAUAAAGUCUUUUUUAAUAAUACACAGAUGUACAAUUUAAUACAAGAGUGUGUGCAUAAGGCUGUUCAUUUAACUUCUGAUGUGUGUGUUAGUUUCUGUGGUUUGUGGCUACAUUGUGUUUGAUGUGAUUUAGAUAAAGUCUUAUUUCUGUGAUUUGACUAAAACCCUCUGAGGAUUCUAAUUAUUAGAGUGAAUUAAGUAAAUGUUUUGAUGUAUUAAUGCAAUUUCUCCCUUUUCAGUUUAAAUAA